GUGCUCUGAUGAUCAGUGUACAUGUCCCCUCCGAGGAAUGCCGAUUACCGGCUCUCCUCACGAGCUGUCAGCGUGACAGCUCUGUGGCCCCAGAAGUGCCACCUGUCAGUCUCCAUCAGUGCCAACAGUCAGUGCUCAUCUGUGCCACGUGCCAGUGCCCAUCAGUGCCACAUCAAUGCCACAUAUCAGUGCCCAUCUGAGCUGCCUUUCAAUGUCACCCAUCAGUGCCAGUCAGUGCCACCUAUCAAUGCCAAUCAGUGCCACCUAUCAGUGCUGCCAAUCAGUGCCACCUAUCAGUGCCAGCCAGUGUCGCCUAUCAGUGCGCAUCAGUGUGUCUAUCAG